GGUUGGUUAGAGACGUUGUUGAACUGCAGGUCGGAGAGAAAGAGCAAACAGAGGACCUCGGAGUUGUCAAAUGGUUGAACUAUGGCUGCGCCUGUUAGCAUGUGCUGCCGUCUGUUUGACAGAAACGGCGCUUUGACACGUGUUAGGAAACUGUUUGCACGGCGCGUGAACAGAAGCAUCGCGCGGAGCUGUUCCGGUGUUACGCACGAGGAAAAUGAACUUGAACUCACAGACUCGACUAUAGCUGGUUCCAACUUCAAAACCAGGGCAACACAGAAGAGGCUCAGGGAUGACAGCAUACUCCCCUUUUCAGCAUUCUUGACUGACAACUUUGGCCGCAGGCACAACUACCUACGAAUCUCCCUCACAGAAAAAUGCAACUUCCGCUGUCAGUACUGCAUGCCAGAGGAGGGGGUGAAGCUCACACCGCGGGGCCAGCUGCUAUCCACCUCUGAGGUGCUGACCCUGGCUCGCCUCUUCGUCCAAGAGGGGGUGGACAAGAUCCGCCUCACUGGAGGGGAGCCACUCAUCAGACCUGAUGUGCUCCAUAUUAUCACUGAGCUCAGAAAGUUGGAGGGCCUCAAGACUAUCGCCAUGACAACCAAUGGCAUGAACUUGGCUCGGCUUUUGCCAAACCUUAAAGACGCCGGAUUGGACCUGAUCAACAUCAGCCUGGAUUCAUUAGUUCCUGCCAAAUUUGAGUUUAUUGUCAGACGGAAAGGGUUUCACAAAGUAAUGGAGGGCGUUGAAAAGGCCAUUGAAUUGGGCUACAGUCCUGUGAAGAUCAACUGCGUGGUCAUGCGAGGCCUGAAUGAGGAUGAGCUGCUUGAUUUUGCAGCACUGACAGAGAAGAAGCCUCUGGAGGUGCGCUUUAUAGAGUACAUGCCCUUCGAUGGCAACAAGUGGAACUUUAAGAAGAUGGUGAGCUACCAGGAGAUGCUGGACCGCAUCAGGCAGAAGUGGCCCGACCUGGAGAAGCUUCAAGCUGGACAGACAGACACAGCCAAGACAUUUAAAGUGCCAGGCUUCAAAGGUCAGCUGGGCUUCAUCACCUCCAUGUCCGACCAUUUCUGUCGCUCCUGCAAUCGUUUACGCAUCACUGCAGACGGCAACCUAAAGGUGUGUUUGUUUGGUAACUCAGAGGUCUCCCUCAGAGAUGUCUUACGCUCUGGCGCGUCUGAUGAAGAGCUGCUGCAAAUUAUUGGUGCUGCUGUGGGCCGGAAGAAGAAACAGCAUGCAGGCAUGUUCAGUAUCUCUCAGAUGAAGAACAGGCCUAUGAUCCUCAUUGCAGGUACCACAUCUCAGACGUUCCUGCCAAAGCUACAAGACAGCAAGAGGGCUUUCCUCAUUAGUUCCCAGCUUAAAAAUGACACGUUCCUCUCUCCAGCAACAACUCAUCAUUUAGGCAGCAGGAAAGUCUUGAAUAGAGAGGAUUGUUUGUGCCUUUCAGACUCCACUAACUUAACACAGGAAGCCAGUGUUUGCUGCUCUGGAACCUUAAUGAGUGGGGGUACCCAUGUUAAGAUGCAUAUCAACACAGAAAAACCUAACCACAAUGAAGUAGCAUCCCUUCCCUCUGCAGAGAUUGAUAAUGAUCACAUUAGUUGUCACACUAAGACUGAAUGUUUCAGAACACGCACAAAUGUCACAAGCUAUGUUAAUGAAGUCUGUCUCAGGAACGCACAAGCCCUGAGUCCUAAUGUUCUGACGAGCCACGUGUCCAGGACCCCAGGAGCAGCUGUUUUUUGCACACUGCUGAUAGAUGCCAAAAUAAAUCAGAGAAACCACCCUGUUAGAUUCUGCCACAGUCAAAAUUCCAACAAGGUUGCCAGUUGUAAACAGUCUGAGAGCAACCAGACAACAGAUCUCAAAGCUCAGCUGACACAUACAGACGCCCAGGGCCGCGCCACCAUGGUGGAUGUCGGGGGGAAACUUCCCACAUGUCGAACAGCCGUAGCCUGCGCCACCGUUAGCUUAGGCCCCACCGCCUUCCGCCUGCUUCGAGAUAACCAGCUGGCCAAGGGCGACGCCUUGACUGUGGCGCAGUUGGCUGGCAUCAUGGCUUCGAAGCAGACCUCCACCCUCAUCCCCCUCUGCCACCCUUUACCCUUAGACCACACCUCUGUCACAUUUCACCUGGAUGAGCUUCUUAAUGCCGUCGUCAUCACAGCGACAUGUCGCACCGCGGGCAGGACGGGAGUGGAGAUGGAGGCUCUGACCGCUGCUUCUGUAACAGCGCUCACCGUCUACGAUAUGUGCAAGGCGGUGAGCCAUGACAUCAUCAUCACGGAUAUAAAACUCGUCAGUAAGACAGGCGGUAAAAAGGACUUUCAUCGUCAUUCAAAACAGGAAGAAUGAGAUCAAAGACUGCACUAUGGUUUUCCACAAAUUAAACUUUGUGCCAUCAAUGAAAAACA